CAGCGUCGCAUUUGUAGUUCGAAGAGAGGUACCGACGACGCGGCUUGAGUCGCACCCCGAACGCAUCUCGAUCUCUUUUUACUUGCCACCUCUGCCGGCGCCGCUCGCGCGCCGACGAUGCACUAGCGCUGUCCAAAGCGCCAGCCUCGCUGCCCUCGGCCCCCUGACGAAGCCGCCACAAGCCAGCCGCACAGCCCAAGCCGCAAGCCGCGCGGACGUGUCCGUUUUCAUUUGAGUACGCAAACCAUCUGGAGCCAUGUUUGAUGUUUUCGGCUCGGUGAAGGGGCUGCUAAAGCUCGACUCAGUAUGCAUCGACAACAAUAUUUUCCGUCUGCAUUACAAGGCGACCGUGAUCAUCCUGAUCGCGUUUUCGCUCCUGGUCACCUCGCGCCAGUACAUCGGCGACCCAAUUGACUGCAUCGUCGACGAAAUCCCGCUCAACGUCAUGGACACCUACUGCUGGAUCCAUUCCACCUACAGCAUCCCCAACAGAUUCGCAGGAUCUAACGGCAAGGACUACGCUCAUCCUGGCGUUGGCCAUGAAGAAGUCGGCAAAGACACGCGAAAGCAUCACAAGUACUACCAGUGGGUGUGCUUCGUGCUGUUCUUCCAGGCGAUCCUGUUCUACGUGCCACGCUACCUGUGGAAGACAUGGGAGGGCGGCCGCAUCAAGAUGUUGGCUCUGGACAUGAACUGCCCGGUGAUCAGCGAGGACUGCAAAGCGGACCGCAAGAAGCUGUUGGUCGAGUACUUUGCCAACAACCUGCACUCGCAAAACUACUACGCCUACCGCUUCUUCUUCUGCGAAGUGUUGAACUUCGUGAACGUUUUAAUGCAGAUCUGGCUGAUGGACUCCUUCCUCGGCGGCGAGUUCACCACGUACGGCCCACGUGUGAUCGCCAUGUCCGAGCUGGAGCCCGAGCAGCGCAACGACCCGAUGAGCACCGUCUUCCCCAAGGUGACCAAGUGCGAGUUCCACAAAUACGGUCCCUCUGGUUCGAUCCAGAAGUUCGACGGACUGUGCGUGCUGCCGCUCAACAUCGUCAACGAAAAGAUCUACGUCUUCCUCUGGUUCUGGUUCGUGGUGGUGGCCCUUGUGACCUGCAUCGCGCUCGUCUACCGCCUCUGCACCAUCUUGAUGCCGCACCUGCGCUUCAACCUGCUGCGCACGCAGUCGCGCCUCUCGUCGCAGGAGAGCGUGCGCACCGUGGCCGAAAAGUGCAAGGUCGGCGACUGGUUCGUCCUCUACCAGCUGGGCAAGAACAUCGACCCGCUCAUCUUCAAGGAGUUUAUGUCCGACCUGUCCAAGAAGCUCAACGGCAAGGACAACAUGGUGUAGACGCCGAGCCGGACUCUGUGAUCCGCGAAAGACUGCACGCGCAAUCCGCCGCGCGGGGGUUCGGCUCCUCGCCUCCCCCUCCGACGAAAUGCACAAAAACAUGAAUUAAAAACAUAAACUCGAAAACACACGCGCCAGCCCGGUCGCCCACCCGCCCGCCGCCGACGCAUUCACGCGAACUGCCAGGUGUACACGACGAGAGCAACGUUGCAAAUCACGCGCCUAGGUUAAUUAUCUCAUUCCUCGUAAUAAAGCUAAUUUUAAAUGUACGGAAAGUAACAGUUGUGAGGACUCGCCUUCGGCGUCGGGACGGCGCCACCCUCUGCAGUGCAACUUCCGCUCCCGGUCUGGUCCACCAGACCGGGUCGGAACCGCGUUUCUGGCGGUGGCGCCAUCUGGUGACGUCUCCCGACGCCUAGAAGUAACUUUUGUUUCGCCCCUGUACAGAAGAUUUUUUUAAAUUUUGAUUCGAUGAAUGUGUAUUUAUUGAUAUUUUUCUCGAGUAAGCAGAGGAGGAGCUGCGAAUAAAAGUAGGAUGAGAGCGGCCGGGAUGCCACGGCUCGCUCUGUCGGUGUUCAAAAUGUACGAAAUUCGUCGCCGUGCCUUAAACGCAGCAGCCUUUCCCAAUCACUGUCAAUUAUAAAGUAAUGCCAAUGUCAUCCUGCCCACCGGGCAGCACACGAUCACUCGAGGGACCAAUUUUCAUGUAAGUUUGACCGAGGCUCAAUACGCAAUCAAUCAUUCCCAACAACAAUUGAGCUAAAAUUCUAUUUUGUAAAACAUUUUACGAAGCCUGGAUUUUCAAAUAAAGAUAAAAACUUUUACUCUAUAACACA